AUGGCACUCUGUGGGGUUGGUUUGAGCCCAAGUUUUGAAAGUUUGGAAGUAGCCUGUGUUGGUGGAAAUUUGUCGACAAGACGCAUCAGACCGAGCCUUAUGCGUGCCAUUGGGAAGUCAUCUGAUUGGAAGAGAAGACCAUGUUUGGGAGUGCGUUGUUCAUCACUGAAAUUGGACGGCAAUGCUCAGACUGACAUAUCUGUCCCUGUGGAGGAAGAAUCAGGUCAUGUCAUCAAGUUCAAGAUGUCUGAUUUCAAGGUUCUCGACUGUGUUAGUGUUGGCCUUGGCGGUCGGGCAGGCGAAGUAGUUUUUGAAGCUAUAGUGAAGGACACUAAUAGUCCUUUGUAUAAUACACAAGUUGUACUUCGACGUCUUACUAGUGUUCGAGCUCAGCGUAGGGGUAAACGAGCAAUAGAGGUCUUAAAAAAGUUAGCUCGGCGUAGACUUAUGUACCAUUCGUAUUCAAUGCAAGUUCAUGGUUACAUCUCUUCAGCUAUAAGUAGUGGUCGUUCCUCAUUCACUCUGGUCCACGGGUAUCACGGUAGUUUUUCUUUAAGACAUUGGCUACAACAAUCAGAUUGGCUUCCAACCUUGGAGGCUACUCUUGCAUUGGACAAGGAAUCUGUUAGAAGGGUGGGAGAUGACACAGUUGGAGGAUCUGCAGUUUCUCGGCAACUGCGAAUGAUUAGGAUACUAAUGAGAGAUCUCUUAAUUGGAGUCAAUUACUUGCACAGCCAUGGACUUGCCCACACAGAGUUGAGGCUGGAGAAUGUGCACAUAAGCCCAGUUGAUAGACAUAUUAAAGUAGGAAUAUUAGGAAAUGCUGCUGACUUUUAUGACGAUAGUCCGAAUUGUGGUACUGCAGACAAUAACAUGGAUAGGCGACAAAUGAUGAUUGCAUUUGACAUGAGAUGUCUUGGAUUCAUGAUGGCAAAAAUGGUGCUGCGGGAACUCAUGGAUCCCUUAAUAUUCACAAAGUUCAAAUCAUUUCUAACAAAGGGAAAUGAUCCUUCAUGCUUGCGUGAAUUUUUGUUGCAAAUACUCCACAGAAACUCCUCAUCUGGAAACGCUGGACUCCAAAUACUUGAUAGGAAUUGGGGUGCAGGGUGGAACCUUUUAUCCUUAUUGCUAGCAACAGAACCUUCUAAAAGAGUAAGUUGCUUAGAUGCUCUUACUCAUCCAUUUCUAUGUGGACCUCGAUGGCGGGUAGUCCCAUCCAUUGAUAUCAUCAGAUGGGGUCUUGGCUCAACUGCAUUGCGAAUCUCAGAAGAAUACAUUUACGGCCAGCCUCAGCGAAGUAGGCUAUCCCACUUCAUCGAGUUAAUGGAGAUGCUGAAUCCGAAUUCAAGGCCAAAGAAUUGGCUGGAAUUGCUGCCUGGAAAGUGGCGUCUGUUGUACUGUACUGGGAGGCACAUUGGUUUAACCUUUCGGCAACCUCCUGAACAAGUCCUCAUCGGUCACGUGCACCUAACUGUGUCAAGAGUUUCCAAGUUGAACACCAGCCUUUUGUUUGCCUCCGACACCGGCUUCACGGUCAUGAUUGGUCAGGACUGGCCCCAUGACAAGGCUGGUGUAGAUGGGAAACUCCAAGUAAACUCUUUAUUUAGAUUAAUGGCUGGGAGACGGUUAUAUCUUAAGGAAGAAGAAAAGAACACAGAAAAGCUCUCCAAUCCAUCAAACACUCGUGAUGCUUUUGCUAAAUUGUCAGGUAGAAAGUGGAGGAAAGCACUGCCGUUUAAGGAGUCUCCGUCGAGCCUUCCGGUGGCAAAGCUUGUUUCAAGUGGCAUUGAUGAAGUAACGAUGAAUCUGGGUGAUCCAUUGAGUAAAAGUAUCAACAGUGCAACAAAUGUAGUUCAAGAAGUCCGGACACAAGUCCCACCUGAAAUGUUCGAUUUGUCAAAGCUUGUGUGUGGAACAUACGUGGACUCCAGGCUGCUGGCACUCGUCUAA